GCGGGAGCGAGCGCGGGAGGAGGCGGCCGUGCCCGCGCUGUGGCUGGAGCGGCGGCCGCGGGGGGCGGGGGUCUCGGUGCAGGGAACAGCCGUCCUCCUCGCCUCAGCUGCGGGGAGGAGGGACGCGGAGGGAGGGGGGUGCGAGCGGAGCGUCGUGUGGCGUCGCCCGCUCCCCUUUAGGACCGCGCCGCCGAGCGACCGCCGCCGGCGGGGAGGAAGGGGCGAGUCUCUCCGGAGCCUUCUUCGCCCCGUGGCUUCCCUUCCUAGGCCCGGUGCCGGCGGGAAGGGGAGGGGGGCGCCGGCGGGGCGCGCGGGUCCCCUCAGUGUCGGGCUCGGCGGUGCCCGGGGCGGGUGAGAUGUCGGGCUGAGCGGGUGCGAGCCCGGGGGUGGGGUCCGCCGUGCCCGGGGAGGGGGCAGGCGGGAAGGAGUGUGUGUGUGUGGGGGGGGGUUGGGACCGUCCUCUCAGCCGUCCCGCCCCGCCGCCGCGCUGCGCCCAUGGUGAUUGUGCAUCCCGGCGCCUUCCCGCCGCCCCGCGCGGGCCGGACUGCCGGGGCGCCCAGGUGUUUGUGACUUCAGAGUCAUUUAGGGUUCAGUUCUGAGCAAGUAGAGACACGAGGAUUCAGUUUAUUUUACAUAGAAAGCUACAGCGCUUCACCAGUACACUCUUGCCUCCUUCCCAUCUCUCUUCCCCCGCAGGGGAAGCCAAUUUGGGAAUUAAUUUAACAGUCAUCUACUCGCCCUUUCCCCCCCUCCGAAAUCUGCCUUGUUCCCCAAGGCAUCCUCUAUACGUUGCCUGUUAUAGGACUUUGGUUGCUGUGGGAGCUUCAGUAGUACCCUUCCCUCCGGAGCACAGAGAGGCAUCCAGAAGACUUCCCUGCCACCCUUUGUGGUUAGUAGAGGAUCCAGGGAAAGGGGUACCUACCAGGACACGUGACCUCGUGAAGGGAGCCAGAACUGAAGCAGCACUUGGCAAGCUGAAGGAAGCAAGCUCCCAUCUUUGGUGUCCUUUUCGUCUUCCACUCUUUUUCAUCACCCAAUUUCUGAAGUUCCAUUGAAAGGAGACCUUGAAGGUUGCAAGACAACUCCAAGAUGUGCAGUUCGGUUGCUCCCAGGCUGUGGUUCUUAACAGACCGUCGCAUCAGAGAAGAUUACCCUCAGCAGGAGAUCCUGAGAGCACUGAAGGCCAAGUGCUGUGAAGAGGAGCUAGAUUUCCGGGCCUUGGUGAUGGAUGAAGUGGUGCUGACCAUUGAGGAUGGAAAUCUUGGUCUCCGAGUGAAUGGUGAGCUCAUUACUGCUUACCCACAGGUGGUGGUUGUGCGUGUACCAACACCUUGGGUCCAGAGUGACAGCGAUAUCACAGUCCUUCGCCACCUAGAGAAGAUGGGCUGUCGAUUGAUGAAUCGUCCCCAGGCUAUCCUCAACUGUGUCAACAAGUUCUGGACAUUUCAGGAACUUGCUGGUCAUGGUGUGCCUCUUCCAGACACUUUCUCAUAUGGUGGUCAUGAGAAUUUUGCCAAAAUGAUCGAUGAGGCGGAAGUGCUGGAGUUCCCUAUGGUGGUGAAGAACACGCGGGGUCACCGAGGUAAAGCUGUGUUCCUGGCACGAGACAAGCACCAUUUGGCAGACCUAAGCCACUUGAUCCGUCACGAUGCCCCUUACUUAUUUCAAAAAUAUGUGAAAGAGUCCCAUGGCAAGGAUGUACGUGUCAUCGUAGUAGGAGGCCGUGUGGUGGGCACCAUGCUCCGCUGCUCAACAGAUGGGAGGAUGCAGAGUAACUGCUCGCUUGGUGGCGUAGGGAUGAUGUGCUCACUGAGUGAACAAGGCAAGCAGUUGGCAGUCCAAGUGUCAAACAUCCUGGGGAUGGACGUAUGUGGCAUUGACCUGCUGAUGAAGGACGACGGUUCAUUCUACGUCUGCGAGGCCAAUGCAAAUGUAGGUUUCAUUGCCUUUGACAAGGCUUGUAAUCUAGAUGUAGCUGGUAUCAUAGCGGACUAUGCCGCUUCUCUCCUUACCCCCGGCCGCUUGACGCGGCGCAUGUCCUUGCUCUCUGUGGUGUCCACGGCAAGCGAGACUAGCGAGCCAGAGCUGGGCCCUCCAGCUAGUGCCGCUGUCGACAAUAUGAGUGCUAGCUCCAGCUCUGUCGACAGUGACCCUGAGACCACGGAGAGAGAGUUGCUCACCAAGCUCCCGGGGGCUCUGUUCAACAUGAACCAGCUAUUAGCCAAUGAGAUCAAACUUCUUGUGGAGUGAUGCCACAUGUAAAUAGAUGACCAACAGAACUCUCUCUUGUACAUUUUAUUUUUAAACCAACUUGCAAUGCUGUUUAUCAGAGAAGCUCAGAGGAGUGAGGAAAGGGGGGGUGGGGUGUCAAUCAAGAGAGCAAGAGUAAAAGGCACAUGUGUUGUGCUCGCUGCCUCUACUGUUUUGCAGAACUUAAAAUUGUGUUCAUUCUUCAGUAUCAGUUUUCUAAUGAAGAUGCUCAGUUCACAACCUAAGUGGGAAUUUUAUUUGGAUGCUGCUUUGGUCCCCAGACGUAUUCAUGCGUGUUCAUAGGACAACACUGAAGCAUGAUUCACACUUGAUUUUCAGAAAGCUGUCUGGCAGCUCUCUAGAAACUUCUGUGAAUUCUUGCACCAGUUAAGUCUCUUCUGCCUUUGUAAGGCUUGAUCCUGUAAGUGGCCGAGUGCCUCAAAUUCUCGGUGUGAGUUGAAGGUGUUAAGUACCAGGUAUUUCAAAGUUCCUGGACACCUCCUGUUCCUACUCCAGUAGAUGGCAGCUGUAAGUUCAGGAUCCUUUGAAAGCUGUCCUUGCAGGAUUUGGCCUUUCAAAUGAUGACGCUGAGAGAAGCGUCAGUUGACUUUAAUGUGAGCUUUCUGUAGAAAUCUCUAAUUUGUGCCAUCUUGGUAUUAAUUGGCAGCUUUGUGUCUAUAUUUCUUUAUAAAGUUUUUCAAGAAGGAUUUUAGUUUUUUCUCAUUUCAAAUCCUGAUUUUGGAGGGUAUGUAGGGGAAUCGGUCAUACUCUAGUUGUGGCAGAAGUGGCACGUUUUAACUAUCUUUGCAUGAUUGGAGGAGAUAAACAGCACUGUAAUGUUUGGUAUACAAAAUAAUGUUUAAUCCAAUGUGAAAAAGAAUUACACUAGUUUAAAGCAAACGUGCAUCGACUUGUAUUUGUUAGUGUUUUAGUCUUUUGGAGAGAGAUCUGCAAUGUUAAUGUUCUGUUUUCUUUAAUACAUGCUAGUCCAACGCUCCCUUCUCUAUGCCUGCAUCUUUAACAGUGGCCAAAGUAAAAACACUGCAGACUAUUUGUUAAGAAAACACUGAGUUAAAGCCUGUACAUUGGUAGGCAUUUUUGUUUGGUUUUAGUUUUUGCCCUAUUUUUUUGGAGGGGGGGGGGGAACAUGGUAAGGUGUAGAGAAGGGAAAAGAUGGUUAAAAGUGAUUAGACAUCUUGAGGUACUUUAGAAUAAAGCUGCAGUUCAUACAGUACUUAACCAGGCUUACUUUUUCCCCACUGAACAUAAAAGCUGAUGUUGGCAGAAAUCCAAAGAGUAUAACUGGGGAGAAAUACCCAAUUCUCUAGCUUUGGGAAAUGUGCAGCAGGUUUAAAAAUUGAAAAGUAAAAAAAUAAUAAAAAAAAAUAAAAAAAAAAAAAAAAUUGCUCAGCCAGAAUUUAAAAAAAAAUAAAAAUAUAACCUAGGUCCACAAAUUGAUGCUGGGCCCUUCCGUGUGUGGUGUGAGUACACACACUUCUGUGUGUGUUUGUGUGUGCAUUUGCUUUGCUUUGUUUCUUUUUUGGCUUUGCUUUUCUUUUGGGUUUUGGCUGUUUAGCUCCUAGUUUUUUUCCAGGCUGCCUGAUUUUCCUUAGUCCUUCUGGCUGUGCAUUUUCUCCUUAGCCUUGAGCUGUUUUGGAAAACAGAUAACCAAAACAGAUACUGAGUCCAUUUUCAAUCCCUAUCUUCCUCUUCCUUUUCCUCCUCUUUUUCCUUCUCCCUUUUCAUUCCUUUUUCAUUCUCGGGGUUCAUAAAGCCCUGGAACUAUAGAUAUAUAUAUAUAUAUGAAAAGAUAAGCCUCUUUUUAAGAAAAACUAAAAAACAAAAAACAAAAAGAAAAAAAAGUAAAAUGUUUACAAUUGAAAAAUAAUCUUGUGAAAAUAGGGUUGGUUUGGAGGGGGGUUGUGUGUGUGCAAUGCUGCUAUUUUCUGGAUACUUUAAUGGAGCAUGUCCCAUGUACCCUCUGAGGCUCUGCACUGCCCACCUCUGUGGCCCUUCCUCACCUCUCUGCUGCUCUGCUGUUUUAUCUUCACUUGGACCUUAAACACUAUUCACGGACACUAUGCAGAGAGUCUUCAAGAGGCAAUAAACAGAACAGUAUUAACCUGCUUUAUGGAGGUUUGAUCAUGCUUCUUUGUACAGUUUGGUUUGUUAUUUUUUUAAUUUUAUUUUAAAAGGAAUGUAAUAAAAUGGCUUUUUUUUUUUUGUAGAAUUAAAUAUUAUUAUUAAAAUCAAGUGAAAGGUUGACUGUUGGUGUUAAGCAGGAGAGUGGACCAGGUGGUCCAGCACCAAAAGGAGCUUCAGCAGUAAAGGUAUUUUCAAAUCUUUCUUCCUGAGCCUUCAAGCACACAGGUUAUACCUGAAGAAUAUAAAGGUCUCUGACUUCCAUGAAGAGUUGCAGAACCACAGAACAUGAAAGAAAUAGAAUUUUCUAGUCACUGAGUGAAGUUUGUCUUCCAGAGGCUCUUCUCCUCUUGCUUGUUUAUCUAAGGGGAAUUCGGGUGGUGGUGUGGUGCUGGGAUUUUUUUGGUUGGGUUUUUUUUUUUUUCCCCCUUGCGAUUUUUCUUUUUAUGAGUAGGUGCCUGCACUCCUUGAGAGGCUGAUAGGGUCAAUUCUUCCCUUUUCAGCUGUGGCAUGCAUUGAGCACGUGUGUAAUAACAGCAGUGAGUAAACACGUGCUAGUUGGUAUAGUGGAACCUCUGUAUUUCUAUCACAGGAAACUUCUUUUGGAAGAAAGAGCAGGUAACUUAACAUUCUGGACUGUUUUUUGAGUCUCCAUAGUAUUUUGUGGCUCACAGGAACUUUACAUUUCUGUCAACCCUUUGGGAUGUCCAGGUUACACCUCUCAGUAGUAAAAUCUGUGAAGUAAAAACUAGAUUUUUUUUUUGAAAGAUCAACAGCGGACUGAGAGGUUUCCAAUUUGGCUCCCUUGGGAUAAGGUGCUCCUCUGUGUUUGGUGCUUCCAUUGCUAGUUCAGAGAUAAGUCCAUAUACAGUGGUCAGGGAGGGAGAUAGGAUUUGAAACAUCAAGUACGUUUGUUUGGACAGUGGGUAUUGAUAAUACAUGAAAACCUUGCUUGAAGGUUCAUUGGUACAAAGGGACACGCUUGUCUUGUGUGUUCACUCCCUACUUAUCCAUUGCUCCUGAAACAGUGAAAUGUAUGGAGUGGGCUGAGGGUGUGAGGGGGGGGAGUCUUGUUUUUCCUUGAAGAAAAAACCCGCCAGAAAAUCUAGCCUGUGGUAACUGGGCAGUGUUUCCCAUUGAAGGUGAACUUUACAGAUGUCAGUUUUAUACCCUGUAUUUCCUUCAGUUCCAUAUGCUGAAAAACACCUGCUAAAUUUUCAUACAGUUGCAGUAACACUACCUCCAUAUGUGGGUUUGGAAGCAUGUGCUGGAAAAAUGGUCAAUGUAGUGCUGGAUUACAAUAGUGCUAAUGCAGCUGAUGGUGAUGCUACUGUUUUUGUAUGUUUUAAUGUUGGAAAGAGCCAGUUAGAAACUCUUUGUUUGCAAGAAUAAGUUUCUUAAACUGCAUCUGAUGAAAUUUUGUUCUUUGUAACACUGGAGAUUUUCUUCUGUUGAAGUUACAAUGUUUAUAAUUGGUGUCUUGCUAUGUCAAUGUACGGAUUGUAUCUUAAACCUUGUAUUUAAUGCUUUAAUGUAUUCUGUAAAAUCUUCUCUUGGAAUGUCAGCGCCUCGUCCAUAACACAGUGUCAAUGCUUGACGCAUAUGUAGACUGUUAAUGUUUUUGGUUUGACCUGAUGAUUGCUCUUGGAGCAUUUUCUCCCACUUGGUGUGCUAUCUUUUGUGUGUGGUACUUACUCAGGAAAUAACCUCUGGAACAUCUGUGUAUGUCAGACGCAAAGGAGAUACUUCUUCAGAUGUUAUGCUGGACUUCAAAAUGCAACAAAUGAAACCAUUGAUGUUUGCUAAAUCUUUUCUCCCCAUUAUUGCAAAAAUCUGUCAGUUAAAUACAGAAGGGACCUUAAGGGCUUAGAGAGACUGAAAACAAAUUGUAUGUACAGGAUCUUUCUCAUGGCUCACUCUUUUUGAGAAGGUUUAUGGGCUUUAUGGCUGGUGUGAGACACACGACCCACUCCUGUUCUCUCUAUGGAACAGUAGGUGCUCGGACAGGUAACUUCUGUUGCUACUGUCUUUUUUUUUUUUUUCUUUUUUUUUUUUUUUCUGUUUUUCUGUUUUUUUUUCACUGUUCUAGGAGUUGCUUUAAGCUGAACACUGCAGGAUUUAUAACCAGAUAUUUGCUGCCUUUUCCUUUGUUUUAUUUCUUUAAGUCUUUCCUAACCUUUGAGGGUAACUUUUGGAGCAUUCUGAUUGUGGAUCUUGGCCUGCUGUUGGAAGCCUCCAGGCCUCUUGUAUUUCCAGUUUGAGUUGAAAAGUUUUUGUUUUGUUUGUUUGCUUAAACUGAUGACACAAACUAGAUGCGCGGACUUUGGGUGAGAUUUGCUGUUGCUCUACUUUGUGUGACUUAUUCUCCUUUUUUUACAGAAAUGUGUUCUAACAGUUCACACUUUGUUACUGUUCUUUGCAAAACUUUUCAGGAGCCAAAAAAAGUCAAACAAUCCAGAGAAAACCUUCCCUUCUCCCCUUUCUGAUGGCGAGAGUGAGAACUUAUGAAAAGUCCUUGAGAAUGUUCCUUCCUAAACUUUUCCCCUCAGUAAUGCAAGCGGGUAAAAUGGUAAAUGCAGCAGUUUGGUGACAUCCAAACCCGACCUGUUGUCAGGUAAAUUGGUUCUUUUCUGCUCUUACUGUAACCUUCAUAAGUUUAACUUGUCUGCCUUCCUUUCAUCCCAUCAGUUCGUUUUGGUGAAGCUUCUGGAGUGAUUUCUUUAACAGUGAUAUUUAGAGAGAAUUCUACAUUUCUUCUUUAUUUCCUCUCCUUAAACAUGUUAAUUUUAAAAAAACUGUCAUUGUCCUUUGCUUUACUCAGGUGAGACAAAAGUGAGUCCCCUCAUAUAAGUAAGUAUAUGUGCAGAAUAGUUUUGUAAUAUGUUCAUUCCACCUCCUCUUUUAUCAAUUCAAGGUAGUUUGCCUCCCAGUGUACUAUUUUAGCUUAGGUUUUUGAAAGAUGGAAUGUAAAAUAUAAGUGCAUCAAUUAGGAGUUGAUUGGUAUGAAGAAAUAGUACUAAGAACAUUUAAUCUAUUAAAAUUCAAUAGAGCAGGAACCUAUGAGGAGGACAGAUGGGAGAACACAUGUGCCAAAGAAAAAGACGGUGGGGCUGAUUAUUUCUCUUUGUGGAGGAUGGGGUGACACAUUUCUCUGUUGCCCUUACUGCUAUAUCCAAGUACUUGUACAUUUUAUACUGUUCUGGCAACUCGCUCCCUUAAUCUCAAAUCACUUAAAAGUGCUAGGAACUUAAUACUUUUUUUACUUUGUUUAAGGAGGAGAAUCUAUAUUUUACUCAGAGGUAAAUAUCAGACAGUUGGAAUACCAAGUGGAAGAAUAUGAGCCUACACUCAGGCUUCCAAGUUUCCUGAUGCAGUGUUUUAUUUCCCAUGACAUCUGUAAAGAAUUAGCACUUGUUUCAGAUUUUUUUUUUGUGUACAUUAAGAACUCUUCUAUAUCAUCAAAUAGUCUGCUUUUCAUAUUCUCAAUUUAUAUUAUCCUGAAACACAGCAAGUUUUAUCAGCAAUACCAUAAAUUGCAGCUUCAAAUUAAAGUGGGAGGAAAUAAUUUUAGAGCCAAAUUUUGCUCUCAGUUACACUGAGAUAACCGUGGAAUCAGUCUGGGAAAGCCAGUGGAGUGAUAACCAAUUGCACUGGUACAAUUGAGUGUAUAAUUUAUGUCUUUAAUUUUACUUGCGAGAUGAUUUUACAGACCUGUUUUACUUAUGUUUCCAAUGCUUUUUCCUUUCAGACAUACCCACUUCUUGCGUCUCAGCACUGGGCAGGCCUAUUCCUUUAUUUGUGUAUAUUUUUGUGAAUCAGCUGCUAUAGGACACGGGUGUAACACUUUCAGGCAUGUGUUGGGUGUCUUUGGGGAAGAGAUUUGUGGGUUUGUAAUAAUGUCUAAAAAAAAAAAGAUAAUUUCCUCAGAUUGUUAACAAAUUGAUGUUGGCUCCCAGUUUUGCAUCUCUUAACCUGAUUUCAUGUUUAUUACAUGAAGGUGUGUUCUUGAAAGACAGAUGGUGCUAGUUCUUUGCAGUGUCUGCAAAUGAUCUGUGGUGGGGAGAGUUGAUAAAAAUUUCAUUCUGCAGAAGUUACUAUCUUAAUAUUUAAUGUUGCUUGAAAGGUAGUUUUACAGAUCAUGCUCUUUCCUCUUUAUGUAGUGGCUUUCAAAGCCUUGUAUUGAUCUUGGUUGUGCCCAGUGCUUUGCCUAGUGUGUGGGGGAAAUGUAGAACUUGAGUAAGCCAUGACAUCUUAGAUGGUGUGGAUGAUGAUUAUGUGCGUGCUGAACAAGAACUUCUUCUAUAUGCCCUUCUGCUGCAACAGAGUAAUAAAACUGGUAGGUGGCAGCAGCAGUAGAAGAAACUCAUGUGACUGACCUGGGAAACCUCCGGUACUGUGAAAAAUGGAUUGCAAAAUCUUAACUGAAGUAAGGGGGACGGAGGAGAGAGGCAGAGUCCCUGAACUGUCCCUUUGAAUGAUGUCCUGUUUAUGGUGGAAGCAGUGAUACUACUGACCUCCCUUGAUGCUUAGUUUAUCUGUGUCAUAAAAUGCUUUAAUUUUGGGAAGAAAGGAACUGGAGAGGUAUGGAGGUAUGGAGGAAAACAGUGCUACAUGGACUAAUCAGGAAGGUGCUGUGAAGCAAAGAGAGAAGACAAAGCAGUAGCUGUGUAUGCAGGAAUGUAAUGCUUGUGAAAGAUGCUGGACCAACAAUUGCAGAGAUUGAACUCCUCUACCCACAGGAAAGGUUUUUCUACACCACAGGAGGUCUUCUCUUGUACAGGGACACUUAUCUCUUGAUACCACCUCCUUCACAAUGAAGAAAGGAUGGACCAGCAGCAAUGUGGAAUGGGGUGAUGUCCACACUUGGGGUUAACAGUCAUAAUAAACACUGUGCUGCUAACAUGGAGAAAUGAAUAAAACAAUUUAAUUCUGA